GUCCACUGAACGCACUCAUUUCCGCAAACUCCGAUUUCAAAAUGCACGGGAUAGCAGUAAACAGUUGUGUAAAGAAUUUGAUCGGUCGAAAAGGCUGUAGCGCAGCGGUAAUUCUGUUUUCGCGGUCAGAUGAAAUGAUAAUUCAACAGCGGCAAAGAUUCUCGGGCUGCUUGCCAUUUGUCGCCCAGCACGAUCGUCAGUUCAUCAGUAGCGUUCAUGCGCCGAUUCACAAAUCGUGGCUAAAAGAUGGCAUUUUACCAACACGGCUGUAUUAUGAGCCACAAAACCAUCACGUACAUUCAUUUCAGCGGCGACCGUUGAAUCGUGCUAACCUCGCCAAAGUGCCAACCUUUACCGCGGUCACCAUAUCAUUAUCGAUUGCUGGUGCUAAGCAACCGGACGUGAAAAGGUUUGCCUGCUUUUUCGGUGCCAAGUGUGGAACGUUCUCACCCGACUUCCUAUUGUCGCGUUCCAUCACUCUGUGUGCAUCUGGAGUGACGCAACCUAAGCAGCAAAUUCAGCAGUUUGUACUGCAUCCGGCCGCAAGAAGAAGUGUAAUUGAGCUUUUCCCUCGAGCAGGGCCAUUCUUUGAUUUCCGCUCAUUGAUAAGUACCUUUAACCGUUCAGGGAUGAUGGUGUGGGUUUCCGACUACGAUUUCGACCCCAAGGGUAAAAAAAUGAAUCCCGAGGCAGUUUCGCAUUUAGAGCAUAUUUGCUCCCUCGAUAUUGACUCGAAAACGCCAUUCGUUCGUCUGUCGGGUAUUAUCUGUACGAUUGGACCGGCCUCGGUUUCGCCAGAAAUGCUCGAGAAAAUGAUGGCUACCGGCAUGAACAUUGCUCGGCUCAACUUUUCGCACGGUUCUCACGAAUAUCACGCCAAUACAAUCAAGAACAUCCGCGAAGCUGUCGACAACUACUCGAAGAAACUGGGCAAACCGUUCCCAUUGGCCAUUGCACUCGACACGAAGGGGCCAGAAAUUCGUACCGGUUUAAUCGAGGGCAGCGGCACCGGAGAAGUCGAGCUGAAGAAGGGCGAAAAGAUUCAGCUGACCACGGACAAGGAGCACUUGGAGAAAGGCACUAAGGAUAAAAUCUACGUUGAUUAUGUGAACAUCGUGAAGGUGGUCAAACCUGGCGAUCAUGUGUUCGUUGAUGAUGGUCUCAUUUCGUUGGUGGUGGAAAGUAUUUCUGGUGAUACGCUUACCUGUACCGUGGAAAACGGUGGCAUGUUGGGCUCGCGCAAGGGCGUAAACCUCCCAGGCGUGCCGGUGGAUCUCCCGGCUGUGUCGGAAAAGGACAAGUCGGAUCUGGCGUUUGGUGUGGAGCAAGGAGUGGACGUCAUCUUUGCGUCCUUCAUCCGUAACGCUGCUGCGCUAAAGGAAAUCCGUACUAUUCUUGGUGAGAAGGGAAAACACAUCAAGAUUAUUUCAAAGAUUGAAAACCAGCAGGGUAUGCAAAAUCUCGACAAGAUUAUUGAAGCAACCGACGGCAUUAUGGUUGCUCGUGGUGAUCUCGGUAUCGAAAUUCCGGCCGAAAAAGUGUUCUUGGCGCAGAAAUCGAUGAUUGCAAGGUGUAACCGUGCCGGAAAGCCGGUAAUCUGUGCCACUCAGAUGCUGGAAUCUAUGAUUAAGAAGCCCCGUCCGACUCGUGCUGAAAUUUCGGACGUUGCUAACGCCAUCAUCGACGGUGCGGAUUGUGUAAUGCUUUCGGGUGAGACCGCCAAGGGCGAAUACCCGCUUGAGUGCGUGCUGACGAUGGCUAAGACAUGCAAGGAAGCGGAAGCUGCCUUGUGGCAUCGCAAUCUCUUCAAGGAUCUGGUCGACACGACGCCAACACCGCUCGACACGGCAGCUUCGAUCGCAAUUGCCGGUGCCGAGGCCUCGAUUAAGAGUCGUGCCGCCGCUAUCAUCGUCAUUACCACCUCUGGCCGUUCGGCGCACUUGAUUUCCAAGUAUCGACCACGUUGCCCUAUUAUUGCUGUAACGCGUUUCGCGCAAACCGCACGUCAGUGCCAUCUGUACCGAGGCAUUUUGCCCGUCAUCUAUGAGCAGCCUGCUAUGGAAGAUUGGCUGAAGGAUGUUGAUGCCCGCGUACAGUACGGUAUCGAGUUUGGCAAGGAACGUGGAUUCCUAAAGCCGGGCAAUCCAAUCGUAGUUGUUACUGGCUGGAAACAGGGCUCUGGAUUUACCAACACCAUCCGUGUGAUGUACGUAUACGAUCAUUAGAUUCGAGAACACUGAAAAUAAUGAUUAUCUACUUUUUUUUUUAACUUGAUCUCGUUUUUCGAUUUUAGCAAUGUUGAAUAAACACAAUUCUAAACGUAACACCAGUGCGUCAUAAACGGGGUUGGUAAACGGAACCAAUUUCCCAUUACAGUGUCUAAAACCGUUGUUGGAAUGUGUUAAAAUAGCAAUUCAUUUAAAACUAAAAAUCUACAACUCCCAUUUUACAAAUAACACACUCAUACACACUUCCCGAGACAUACAAUGUCCCUUUUUAUCGUUCCUUACGUACAUGCGGUUUAUUUAUUAUAAACUAAAAUUUAAAUUAUUAUCCGUAUUGUGCAGUGUGCGUUAAUUACUUGGCAGCAUCAGCGAUAGCAAAUGCAGCUAAGUAACGAUAUGAGCAUUGCCUUUAGCUCAUGAAUUUUUAUCAUAAUGUGAAAUGAAACAGGUCAAAAUCAUAAAACAAGUUUAGGUUUUCUACGGGACAGAUAGUAGGGAUAUUAGGAAAUGCAAAACACAACUAUGCAUAAACUCCAUCAUGUGUUGCACUAUUAUUCACAUACCAAUAAUCAUCAUUCAACAUAAGCGUUGCUGAGUAAUAGUUACAUUGAAAAUGGCAAAUAAAAACUGUGAAACUUAAAA